UCCGUAGUGAUAGUACUAUUACGUCAUGACACCAUGUGUCAUGACAGUAUGUGUGGACACUCGGAAGUUGAUCAUCUUGCAACCUGUAUAAACAAUUAUUUUCUUUAAUUAUUUUCGUAUAGCAAAUGCAGAGUAAACAAGUGCAUAGACGCGAGUAUUAAACUUAGUACAGUUUCAACGACAGAAUAUCAAACUAAGAUAACCUAACACUGCCAGCAGGCGAGAAGAUAUAGUAGUAUUAGCGAAGUAUAAAGAGUGUUGGUGCAUUGCGUUGUAGCGCAUUCAAAGUUUCCGUGCAGUUGUAUUCGCGUCGUUGAUACGUAACCGCGUAAAAGCACGUAUUCGAAUCUUUCUACCGGUUUUACCGGCAAUCAUUUAAAAACUUCAUUCCACGAAUUGUUUAAUUCUCUUUUUGUUGUUAUUAUACAAUAGAGAGGGAAUACUGAUGAUGACAUACGCAAAAUUAUUAUUUGCGUUUGGAAUUUGGAUGAUUUUGGCGAGUGUAGGUCAAACUAACGAUUGGUUGUACGGAUUCAACAUGGAUUUGAGCAAAUUUCAACAACAAAUACAACAAGGUGUUCAUAAUCUGCAGAAAAAUAUACAAACUAGUGUAGCUAAAACUUUAGCUGAUGUUGAUAAGGUUACUUCGAAAAUUCAGGCGGAUGCGGCAGAGGCUGCUAAAAAUGGAAAUUAUGGCAGUGUCAUUAGUAUAGACAAUGGGGGUACGUUUAUUUCAAGUGGUGGCUCUGGAACAAUUAUCAGUAAUGUUCCGGGUUUGUCCAAAAUCAUAACGUCAGGAAAUCUUCCAAACGGUGACCCAUACGUCCGUGAAAUUGAGGAAAAAAUCAUAGACAAAGUUCUUUAUCAUACCGAGAGGUUCUACAAUAAGAAGACAAAGAAAGACAAGAUAACCGGCUAUACUCUGGACCUUAAUGAUCCGAACGCUGAACCCGUCCCGUUCAACAAUCGCUCCUAAUAUUAUCCUGACGAGGUUGCUAAAUAUGCCUGUAAUUAUGACACUCGAUGUAAUUCAACAAAUUCAUUCGAAGAUUUAUUUUUUUAAAUAUAAAUUAGAAAAUUAAUUUUUUCUUAUUUAGAUUAGUCGAGGGGUUUCUAACAUUUUGGUUUUUUUGAGCCACAUUUGAAAGUAAAUUGUAUCGUGUAGUACACAAAAAAUAUAACCAUUCUAACGAUAGUUGCAAAGCAAAAAUGUUUAGUAAAUAUUGUACGAUACGAUUUUAUGAAAUGACGGUUUUUUUAUUGUGACACAUUCAUUAAAGAUAGUCUACGUACGUCCCACGAACCCUAGGCUGGACAGUUCUGUGAGUUAGUUCAUUGUCAUAAUUACUAGCAUAAAUAAUUGUCUUACUUAUUUUAAACCAGAAAGAGAAAGAGUACAAGAAUUAUUGUUACCCUUCUAACUUAAUAAAUACUUUUGGUUGUGCUUUUAAUGUUAAACGCAAAAUAAAACAAAACAAAAAACAGAUUAUAAUAAGAACUAUUAAUAAUUAAACAGUGAAAAGAU